CCCCGAAAGUCCUGCGGCCCCCACUCGGCCAUGGACACGAGCAUGGCCCACCCCUCCCUCCAGAGAAACCUAGAUGUGAGAGCUAUACCGGUGGGCUAUUCCCACAGUACGCAACACCGCUGGGGAUUAUCGGGUUUGUAGUGGUGUAUGCAUUGAAGCAGUUUGCGGGGAAGGUGCCGUUGCCGAAGGAUCCACGGAGGAAGAAGCUUGCACAGGGAAUUGAGUUGGGAGUGCUGUUCAGCAUGGGGGUUGUGGAAGAGGUCCUGAGGUGGGGCUUGGUAAGGGUUUUGGUGGGGCUGGAAGGCGGUGCGGGAGGCUAUAGAGGGCAGGCUGUCUGCUCUCUGUCAGACUGGAUUGCUGGUGCAAACACUGGGGGUGGUGGGAGGACGUGUCCGUCGAUUUGGGAAGGGGUGUACUUUAUGGGGUGGAUAUGGAGCUUUGUGGAAUGCAUGUUCUCCUGGCGGACUCUCCGCCCCCUACACCAUAGCUCAACCUCAUGCUCGAGCACAACUGCAUCACCCACCCCAAAGCGUUUCCUAUUCUCCCGUACUGUUGGUCGACCUUUGCUCGGGAAACGCAUAAGAUCCGACUCAACCUUGGGUCCCAGUGAAGAUUCUUCGGAAAACCGUGGCCUUUUCGGCACCUUCUACCGCAAAAGACGCGGUAUUCAGCCAACCCACCGAGAUUAUCAUCAUGACGGUGAAGAAGGAGCAGCGCAAUUUGCCGACCCGGCCGCAACAACUGGGGCGGAAAGUGGAAGCUCACGAACAGCAUACGACGAGCCGAUUCUUGGUAUUUCGGGCGGGAAGCAAGCGAAUGUUGAGGAAUUGAUUCCAAGGUUGGAAGAGGUUCGAAGGGGUGAUGCUGGCGAUGAGGAAGAAGGAAGGGUGAGGGCUGGAAGAAAUGAGGCGGAUAGUGGAGACGGCUACGGCGAUGAUGAGGAAUCCGAUUCCGCCUUCAGCUCGAACAGAUCCUCCAUGGAUAGCACCACAUUUCGAGCACAAACCCCACUGCUUAGUUCCUCGCUCCCCUAUGAUCCAAAUCAGCAACACCCCCAUCACGAAUCCCAAGCAUUACUCCAAUCCUCGCAAAUCCCGGUAUCCUACAACACAAUGCCACACCUACCACCGUCCCCUCCCCACCACCAAUCCUCGGACCACGAAGGCCUGUUCGGUUUCCACCCCCCAUACCUAGCUGGUCCCUCCUCUUCUACUGCAACAAUAACUCGCCCCCACCGCCCCAGCCCUUCUCGCCGGAGGCCCACUAAUCCGGAAGCCCACCACUUUCCCUCUCGCCGCUCUACAAGGAAGGUAUAUGGUGUCAGCAUAAACAGUCUACCACCCUACCUUCCAAUCAUGUGGCGUACGGCAGCACUGCUUAGACACUUGUCCAACGCCCUGAUAUACGCAUGGGCUCCAGCGAUAGUCUACCGGGGAAGAUUCGAAUGGUGGGGGCUGGUGAUUCUGCUCCUUCUAGCUGGCAAGCGUGGGUGGUAUACCGUUGAAUGGUUCGGCGGUGGAGCUUCUAGAGUUGGAUUGGCCAAAUCGUCGAUUAUGGCCUUGGUAUUGGCCGCAGUGGUUUAUUUUCUUGGGUUGGGAGUUUGGGGGAUAAUUCACUGAGGAAUCGUUAUUUCAGCACUGGGGGGUUGGACGAAGGUUAUGAGGAUUUCUUAAGAAUUUUGGCCGUCACACUAGUUUAGUUUUUAAGGGUUGUUUUUUUAUAUUCUAUUCGUUGUCUAUUUUAUACCCCUUUGUAUCAUCUAUUUUUAUUUUUAUUUCUCCUUUUAUUCCCCCCUCGCACUGAGGGGUGACCACGCACACUCAUUCUAACAAAAGUUUCGUUUCUAUUCUCCAUCCUUGCUUCUCUUCUCCUUUCUUGUCUUCUCGUUUUUCAUUUUUUCACACGAUACAUCUCACAAAUCUCCAUUCACACCAUGGUCAAAAAACGUAAUGCCUGCACAUGUAAAAUUAGGGUUUUGUUAUAUCUUCUUCUGCUUCUUGCUCCUUUUUUCUCGCGGCAGGAAUUGCUACGGUUGGGUUUGGACUGAUUGGGGUUUAUGGGCAAUAGCUGAGGCCAGCCCAGUUGGGUUAGGUUGGGCUACUAGUGCGAGUUAAGGAUUCGCUACCGGUAACUAAGUUCUAGUACCGGUAUUCAGAUUGGAUAUUAUAAUACCGGUAUUCAGAGUUUA